UGGUGCAGUGAGUAGAAGCUCAGAGCGGUCCACUGCCUCUCACCUCUCUGCUCGGGGCUUCACGUUUACCUGGGGAGGGAUAGUCCGAACGCUGGUUUAAUUUUACAGUAUAGUUACUGCUCCAACGCUUAAGCGAAAGAGAGGAAUGGCCUUUCCUGACAUGGCAAAGGAUGACCUAAAUGAACUGGUGUGUGAGGAGGCAGAGGACGUCUUUGAUGAUGACGGAGUGUCCUCCCGCUUCCCGGACAUCAUGGCUGCUGGCACUCACUCUCCUGGAGGGCCCAAUGGCAUCAUCAGGAGCCAGUCGUUCGCUGGCUUCAGCACCCUGCAGGAGAGACGCUCACGGUGUAACUCCUUCAUGGGGAACUCCGCAGUGCAGAAGAAGCCCACGUCGAAGCCCAGGAAGCCCCAUCUGUCUGGGCACAAGUCGAGCAGCAGCAGCUCACGAGAGCCACAGCCCAAAAGAAUGGAAGAAGUUUAUGGAGCCCUCAAACAAGGCCUGGAUGAAUAUCUAGAGGUGCACCAAACAGAGCUGGAUAAACUCACUUCCCUCAUGAAAGACAUGAAGAGGAACUCCAGACUGGGUGUGCUGUAUGAUCUGGACAAGCAAAUGAAGAGCAUAGAGCGUUACAUGCGACGACUGGAGUUCCACAUCAGCAAGGUCGAUGAGCUGUACGAGGGCUUUUGUAUUCAGAGAAGGUUGCGUGACGGCGCCAGUAAGAUGAAACAGGCCUUCACUGCUUCACCCUCCACUAAAGGCACACGUGAGAGCCUGGCGGAGGUCAACCGCAGAUACAAAGAGUAUACAGAGAACAUGAACACUUUUGAGACUGAACUGGAGAACUUGUUGGGGGAGUUUCAUAUCAAAAUGAAAGGAUUGGCUGGUUUUGCCAGGCUUUGUCCCGGUGAUCAGUACGAGAUUUUCAUGAGAUACGGCCGACAGCGGUGGAAACUGAAGGGGAAGAUCGAAACGAACUCCAAGCAGAGUUGGGACGGAGAGGAGAUGAUCUUCAUGCCCCUCAUUACAGACCUCAUCAACAUCAAGGUGACAGAGUUAAAGGGGUUGGCCACUCACAUCUUAGUGGGUAGUGUGAUCUGUGAAACCAAGGACCUGUUCACCGCUAUGCCUCAGGUGGUAGCUGUAGACGUCAACGACCUGGGAACCAUUAAACUUAACCUGGAGGUCACCUGGUUUCCGUUUGAUGUGGAGGAUCUGACACUGUCGUCAGGAAACGUGAGUAAAGCCACCGCCCUUCAGAGACGUGUUUCAGUGUACAGCCAAGGCACACCCGAGACGCCCACUUUCCAGGACACCUCUUUCUUUUGGCGUCCUCAGCGGUGGGAGGGCCAGCGUCUCUCGUUCUUGCACAGGCUCAGAGAGACGUUCCUAGAGAAACUCAGGCGCAGUCGCUCUUUUGGCGAUCUGGCUGCACUGAGACCUCGUUCAAGGUCCAGUCUGGAAGUCUACUCCACUUUACCAGACGAUGUCUUUGAGAACGGAGGCUGCGGUGUGGCCGAAUGCAAGCGUCUGUCCUUCACCUUCUCUGACACGCCCACCUCAAGCCCCGCCCCCAUCCAGUCAAACCCCGAGAUCACCGUCACGCCCCCUGAGACGGACUCUCCCUCUGAACCAGCUCCAGCCUCUGAGGAGCUGCUGGUUGAGGAGGAGUGUGUGGAGGAAGACUGCGGAAGUGUCAGUGCCAGCGAUCCAGACCUGGAGUGGGACCAGGCUGAGGCCCAGGGGCACGGCACAGGCUCGGCUGCCCUCUCGCUGUGCUCCGAGAGUCAGCUGUCUGCGGUGGGACCUGAGGAUGUGGUGUUCCUGGAGCCCAACGUGUCUGAUGAAGCCCUGGAGCUGAAGCCGGUGGAGCUGGACGGGGAGGAAGGCAGUCUGACCAGACAGCUGGUGAGGAGGCUCACCUCCUCUGACAUGCUGCCCGAGGCCGGCGCUGUGAGCUGGUCUGGAGAGAGCAGCAGGACCUUCCAGGAGAGCAGCCUGGAGGAGGCCAUUCAGUCCCUGCUCCUGCGGCUGGAGAGCUUGGGCCAGCGCUGCGGGGAGCUGCAGGACUUGGAGCAGGAGGUCAUGAGACUCGAAGACUUGCUUAAGUGUCGGGUACCUGCCCAUAGGAGCCGUUCAUCAAGCCUCAGUUUGACAGUGGAGAGUGCUCUGGAAAGUUUUGACUUCCUCAACACCUCUGACUUUGAUGAUGAUGACACAGGAGAUGAUGCUGCCGCCCUCUCACGCGCUGUCUUCUUUGACAUGGAGUCAGAGAGAAUCAGGUCAGGCCAACAUCCAGAAGCAAGAGGCCACCUGAGUGAAGCCCUCACAGAGGACACUGGUGUGGGGAACAGUGUGGCCGGCAGCCCGUUGCCUCUCACCACAGGAAACGAGAACCUAGACGUUGCCAUCAGUGUUCAUCUACAAUACUGCAGUCAUCUCGUUCAGUUGUUGACCUCAGGAGGAAGCCAGUCACAGCACAUGACUUACCUGCGCAAACUAACAACUCAAACACUUCUUUUGGAGGAGCUCAGUGAGAAAAACCUUGACAGACCGGGCAGCUGCAUUUUAGUGUCUGAUGUGCUGCCUGGGCUGGUGGAGCGUCCUGCGCUGAUGUCUCUGUGGUGCGACUGCAGCGCUGGGCUGUUUCACACUACACUGGAGCGAGUGCUGAAACACAUGCAUUUCAGCUUUGCCUUACCACUGCAGCAGAUUCAGCCUCACUCUCCUGACUCAGUGAUCAGGCUGGUGGUGAAUGAGAUGAUGGACAGGAGCGAGCUGGCCUCAUCCCUGUGUCCAUCACCGUCAUCUCUGGCACAGGACGUCGUCACCGUGUUUCAGUUCCACCAUUACACCGUUGAACACGAUAUCACAGACAUGGAGCAACACCUGCUGGAUUUAGCCAAAGAGGUCAUGCUAGCAGAAGCCCUGAGCUGUGGAGAUACAGAACGCUGUGUGGAGGAACUGCAUGAAGUGUCCGUCAUGUGUCUCCAGCCCCGUCCUCAAACCCUCUGGGCCGUGGCAGCACUGUUGACCUCUGAUGAUCCUGACGCGAUGAAGGCCGCUACAGCCUUCCUCUCCUCUGCUGCCUCACACAAACCCUUCAGGUCAAAGGCUGUUGAUUGUUACACACAAGCCUUAUCAGAAGCAGACAGAUCAAGAGCUGCAUGUGCCGCUCUGAGCUGCCUGCAGGCUGUGGAGAGCAUUGAUGCUGUGGUGUUACUGUGUGACUCAGCCGAUGAAGAGCUCCAUCAUAUUGCCAUUGAAACCCUCCUCACUUUUGGUGAAGACGGGCGGCUGGCAUACGAGCAGUUGGACACAGUACCGAGGGAGAUAGUGCGGCUCGGCACUCGCCGCGGUAACACUGUUACCACUUCAUUUUAGAAGAACGACUCGUUAUUCCCCCGUGACCCUGCACACUUCAGACGUGAAAUACACACAACCUGCUAACAAGGAGAAAAGUACCUUGAGAACUUCAGCACAGAGUCUUCUUUUCUGCAGGAUGUUUGCAUUUAUACUACUGGUGUCACAGUCGUCAUGAUUCAUUGUUGCCGAUUGAACAAUAAGAGCGUUAAUACUGAAAGUUAGUUAUUUGCAGAUUGCAGUUGCACUGUUGGAGGCAUGUAAAUAGCACAGAAAAUCCUAUUUUAGUUUUUGUUUUUCUUUUGUAUGCACCGUUCCGUUUCAGGGAUUAUAAGGGACUGUUUUAAUGCUCCCUGCUUGAGUUUUUUGACCUGGACAGAGUGAGAUUUCUGUAACCUCUGUGAAAGGAUAGAUUUGAAGUGUGCUGGUUGAUCCCAGCUGGUCAUAUGGACUACUGAAAACCCGAAGUGGACGGUGGACUGCUGAUUUCUACAUUGUUCGCUUGCCUUCACUGGUCAGGAGAAAACAUUUCUAUGGAUGGAGCCUGUAGUGAACAAUUGCAUUAACACGGUACUAAUGCCUGAGCACAUGGGAUCUUACAACAAGCGCUGUUUGGAUCCCGUCGGAGUAUCUGAAAAUGCACUUUUACACUCAGAGAAGCGUGAUGUAUUACUGUGAAUUUUUGAUUUCUACGAAAAAUGAAGACUAGAGUAUAUUUGCUCUGUGAUCUGAACUCGCUUCUGUGCCUAUUGUUACUGUACUACUGAGUCAUGUGACUUUAAUAUUUGUUUUAUUUAUUUUUUUCACUUCUCUUCACUAUAAAUGGUACGAUGCUGAUUUUA